CAAAUUUGUCUACUUGUUCUGUAUAUCUAAUUAUUCAUCAAAAUAGUAUUAUAAUCAAAUGAAACCACUAAAAUAAUCAAUAAUUAGUUGACGGUAACCGGAUGGUGAUUUCUUGAACAUUGAUCAUCAAGAAGCACGAUUCAUCCCCUUCUCUAUUAUUUCUUAACUCAAUGGCUGCUGGCUGCUGCUACAAUAAAAUAUGACCAUGAUUAUGUUAAUCAUUAGGGGGCAACCGUUUCGUACGUUAAAAAUCACAUAAACAAAUUAGAGGUCAAUGGUCAUAUAAUUAUUGGUUCUUGAUGCAAUUAAUAAUGAAGAACGAUAUAGUUCCAAAUUAACUUCGAUCAUCCUUUUCUCUUCUUCGGAGCUUCAUGUGUGUUUGAUGUGUACGUGACUAUAAUCUUGAAUGUCCGACCGUGUCCUCAGAUUUGUAAAAGACGUGUACCUGAUGAAAUCGAUAAGUGAAACUGGCAGGAACAUGAGAAAUGUGGUCCUAUCAAUACUACGAUAAGGCAACGCGUAAAAUCAUUUUUAUUUCUUAAAGCCAAAGUAAUCUUUGUCCGUUUUAUAUCAAAACAAAAACAAAAUUAUUCGAAAACUUCCCUUAUAAAUAAUGUUACCCAAUCCGUCAACUUGUCUCCUGAGAACAAGAACAAAAAAAAAAAAGAAAUGGAACGCACACUGAUCUCAUCGUCGCCAUUCAGGUUCCACCCUUUGACGACGUCACACAGAAUCGCCACCAUAACUAAGAGGAGAAAACAAACCACCGUGUGUUGCGACUACUACUACCAAGGAGGACGAGUGGUGGACGAGAACAUGGUGGUUCUUAGGAAACGGAUCCAUGAGAUGAAGAUGGUUGAACGAAACUACGAACCUCCUUCCCACUGGAUGCAGUGGGAGAAACGUUUCUACUGCAGCUACGACGCUACUAUAUGUGACGCUCUCUGUAUUCUCCAAACUUUCCUCAUGAACUCUCGUCCCAGCGUGGCGUUUGGAACAUUGUUUCUCAUCUUUGUCAGCGUUCCCGUCUCCACUGCUUUCUUUGCGUUUCGCAUCUUUGACAUCCUUCUUUGGCUUAUGAGUGCCAUUCACGUAGGAUGUGUGUAGUGCGUUAAUAUAUGUGUUGAUUUUUUCUUAUAGUUUAUUGUAUCGUUUCCUAAGAUAACAAGAAUCCUAUUUUUGAUAUG